CAUUUUGUGUUGUUCUUUGCUUUCAUUAUUGGUAAACUGCAGCUGGGUUUCAGUUAAUGUGGCUUAUUAGGAUUGCAUUACAGUCUUCUGUUGAGAAACAUUGAGUAUAUCUAUUUGCAUUUGGAACAGGUCCUGUUAAAUUUGGCCGGUUUCUGCUGCCAGACUUAAACGAGAACGCUUAUGGAGAAACCUUCUGCUAAUUCGUUUCCCGCUUUUCUCUAUUACUGGCAUCUGGCUUGCUUCUUUGUUUCUACUUUUAGUCCAUCUGGUCAACAGUUAAGUACCUGUACAAUGGGGAAAAUCUCACAGAACGAAUUUCUCUGUAUCAAUAGUAUAUGCAUGGAGCUAGCUGCAUUUUGUUAAGAUUGACUUCUGAGGUCAUGAUUAUUAAUUCAAGCAGAUGCAUUUGGGAAGUGUAUAUCGCUCUUCUGCUGAUCUUAUUUUGAUGAAAACAGGUCCAGAAAGCAACCUGAAGAAGGCAAAAAGAGGGCUGGGGGUGGUUUUACCAAAUUGUGUCGACUGUCUCCUCAACUUGAGGAGUUUCUUGGAGCUCCUGAAAUGGCUAGAACAGAGGUAUGCACGCUGCAAAAAACUUUGAAACAGAUGCCUUUUGAAUUUUGCCAUCACCAAGUUCAUGUGAUUGAAUUAUGGAAGAGUUCUAAGCUCUCUUACUCUUUUCGCCAAAGGUGGUCAAACAAUUAUGGGUUUACAUCAAAGAGAAAGAGUUGCAAGACCCGAGUAAUAAGAGAAACAUACUAUGUGAUGAACCAUUGCGUACAAUUUUUUGUGUCGACUCAAUCAACAUGUUUGAAAUGAACAAAGCCCUCACGAAGCACAUUUGGCCAUUGGAUUCAUAUGAUGGUAAUGCUUUAUCUCAUCUCUUUGUCACUAUUAACUCAAUUCUGAUUAAUUGCUUACCGAUUCUCUGGUUCAACGCAUUCAAAUUGUUCUUAAUAAAUCUGUCUUUGUUUUUUCUUUCUUUUUUGCUCUCGUCAUUAAACAGUAAUUCCAGUCAACACAGCUAUACAGAAGGAAAAGAUAAAUCAGCAAGAGAAUGAAGAAGAACCAGAUGAUACAGGAUGGAAAGAGAAGCGGCAGAAAAGCGGAACCAAAGGAUAUAUGGCCCACCACAAACACCAUCGUUCACCGGAAACUGGAGGAAGACUUCCCGGUGAAUUUGACUGAUAAAAAGGGUUUCAUCAGAGAACAGGUCGACUUGUUCCUCCAAUCCCAGUUCGAGGAACAGGCGGCCGAGGUUGCAGGCGACAAUGAAUACGAAGAAGAAGAAGAAGGAAGCGCCGCCAAUGAUCGGGAAUCGUGGGUAAAAGGCGGAAAUGAAGUUGAAGAAGACGAGGAGGAGGAGGAAGAAACAGUAGGAAGAUCGAGUAAACGGAAGACUCGAGCCAAAGGCAGGUUUGUUCAAGAUUAAUUUAUUUUUCGAUGAAUUUGCUGAUUCCAUUUCUCUUCCUUGCUUGCAUUAUUAGGUUGCUGGAAAAACUUGCUUCCAUGACGUUGUUGUUAAUUGGGUUUAUUGAUUUUUAGGUCACAUUUUGAAUUACUACGUACUCUCAAGUCUCAAUGGUGAUCAGCAUAUGCCAAUGAGUAGAUAUGAACCUCUAGGGUUGGGGGCUGAUCUCAAAUUAGAGUGUUUACAUGAAGGUCUAGAUAAUUGUGGCUUUGAAUAGUUGAAAGGGGAACACAUUUUUUGCUGGCGUGCAAAUUAAGGUUUUGUUUGGAGGAUUGAUUAUGUCCAUUGCCUACAUUGGGUGAUUUGCUUCACGUGGCCACAUUUUGUGUUGUUCUUUGCUUUCAUUAUUGGUAACUGCUGCUGGGUUUCAGUUUAUGUGGCUUAUGAUAGGUUUGCUUUUCCUUUAUUUUGCAAAUAGUAGGAAUGCAGUGCAGUCUUCUGUUGAGAAACAUUGAGUAUAUCUGUUUGCAUUUGGACCAGGUCCUGUUAAAUUCGGUCGGUUUCUGCUGCAAAACUUAAACGGAGAAUGCUUAUGGAGAAACCUUCUGCUAAUUCGUUUCCCACUUUUCUCUAUUACUCAUUCAUCCUACUAUGUUACUUGGGCAUUGAUGCUCUAAAACACAACACCUAACAAAGGCCAAGUGUAACCAAUGAAAGGGACUGCAGUAUAGUGGCUCAAGUGAUAACUAUCGAAUCCACGGGUCUCUAGAGUUACUAUUACUCAGCUUCAGUUUAUUAUUUAGCAAAUCAGAUUAAGAUGAAAGAACUAAAACUACUCUAGCAAACUACAGUUAAAGUUAAUCUAAUUACAGGUUGGGAAUUCACUUAGGUAUGAUUCCCCCUAGCCACUAGCCAGAUUAACGAUUGAUGAUCUCUAACCUGUUUCACUUUCAUUCACAAUGCGGAGAAUCCUUGACUAGACCUUGAGUCUCGACUAAAGGAACAAGGCCCUCUUGAGUCAAUUGCCUAGAGGGACGUAUCCUUCUCUAGAACAACUGAUCAAGGCGUUCUGAACUAGACUCCCUCUAUCGAAAGAGAUUCUCAAUCGAUACAAAGCAGUGAAUCAACUCUCGACUAAAGCAAUCGAUCCACUACUAUCAAUCUAUGGUGCUCUAUUGACCUAAUCAGGUAUUCCCUCUCAUAGGAUCAAAGCAGAAUCAAUAAUCUCGACUAAAGCAGAAUUGAAUCAUGAAAACAUGCAUAGAUUGAAUAUGAACUCAAGAUUAUCCAGUCAGAGUACUCAUACAAUCAUCCAAUCAAACAAACAUAGCUAGGGUUCCUCAAAACCUAAGUGAAGGGAAGUUACUCCAUAGAGAAGAGAGAGACUGCAGUAAGAAUCUUCAGAUGAUCAGUCUUCAAGUCCGGGCUUGUUCCUCAAGCUUCCAAGGCGAAGAAAUCCUCCUUCUCUACUCCAAGAAUGCCCUCAAAUCGCCCUCUCUCUUUGGUUCGUCCCUUGGGUGUUUGGGAUCCAAAAACCCAGCUCUCCUCCUCUUUGGUUCGGAAUUUGGCUUAAAACCAGGAAAUCCCGACUCACACGGGCAGGGCCACACGACCGUGUGGCCUACCCAGUUGCCCGUGUGAGGCAAAACGCACCGUAUCACUUAGUCGAAUUCCAGGCUUCUCACACGGCCAGAGUGGCACGGCCGUGUGUCACUUCCAUCUGCCCGUGUUUGCUCUCGGCAAAACUCGCACGGCCAAGCCACUCCUUCACACGGCCGUGUCGAUCCUCUGCUCUGCCCGUGUGUGCUCUCGGCAAAACUCGCACGGCCAGGCCAUUACUUCACACGGCCGUGUGAAUAUCAGGGCAGCCCGUGUGACCUCCUUUGUGACUUGUCUCGCGCCCGAUCUUCGCCCAAUGGACCCCGAACUCGCUCCUAAACCUUCAUUCACUUGCCAGGACCUGAAAUAUCACAAACA